UGAAAAAAUAGCGCGCUAUACAACAUAGCGUCGUCCCUGAAAAUAUGCUAUUGGCGCGUUAUAGCGUGCUAUUGACGAGACAUUGCACAUUAAUUAAUUUAGCGAAACAAUUCUCUACACUCUAUAGCGUGCUAUUAAAGACGCUAUAGCGCGCUAUUUUUUCAGUGUUAAUUAGUGAUUUUGAUCUAAAAGAGAUUUAGCGCUGUAAAGUCCAAACUUGUUGUAAAGGGCAAUGAAAAAGAAAAACUACUACACAAAUGCCCAGUCUGGCUUUGCUCACUCAAAAAAAGAAAAAAAACACGACAGGAGAAUGAGAUAAAUGUACACGAACCUAAAAAAGCUGUACACGCACAGAUCUCAGCCUCAGCUAGCUAACAAUUAGCAAAACCGUGUAUUUUUUAAUUGAGAUUGCUAAAUCUCAGUCGACUGAGACUUAAGAAGUGUCAAUCGAUGCUAUAUUUGUAAGAUCUUAUGUGGAGACAUGUGUAUAAUUUUAUUUUAUUUUGUUAUAUGUUUUGUCAUUUAACUGAGAGUUGGCUUUAGAUCUAGUCACAUCUGUUUUUUAAUUGUAUAUAAGGAAGAUUUAGCCGCAAAAGAAAAUGUUAGGAAGAUAAUUCCACCAUGUCGUACUUCCAAGCCGCAUAUGAUGGACGCCGUCACACCGUGCCGCAGAAAAAGACCACAUCCGCGUUAAGAGAAGAAAGGAGUAGUACAGUUCAGCCACGACAACUUGGCCUCGACGUACAACACAACCCUCUCAUGUCUCGCAUGAAGCUCAUCUGCUUCCUCCUGCUCGGAGCCGUAGGACUAGGAGCACUUGAUCUCGUAGCCAGCCUGGUGGACGACCAGUUUGUGUACUCCGGCUUCGCCGGCGCCGGCCUCACGUUGGACGGCUCGGCCACGGUCACGCCAAGCGGCCUCCUCGAGCUGACCAACGGCUCGCUCCAGUUGAAAGGCCACGCCUUCCACCCGACUCCGCUCCGCUUCCGUGAGCUACCCAACGGCACGGUGCGCUCCUUCGCCGCUUCGUUCGUGUUCGGCAUUCUCUCCGCCUACCCCGACAUGAGCGCGCACGGUAUCGUCUUCGUCGUUGCUCCCACCACGGAUUUCUCGACCGCGCUGGCGAGCCAGUACCUGGGCCUUGUCAACGUCCAGAACAACGGCCACGAGAGCAACCGCAUCUUCGCCGUCGAGCUGGACACCUUGCAGCAGGACGAGUUCCGUGACAUCAACGACAACCAUGUGGGCGUUGACAUCAACGGCCUCGUCUCGCUGCAAUCCAGCAACGCCGGCUACUACGUCGGCGGCGACAAGGAGCGCUUCGAGAACCUGACGCUCAUAAGCCACGAGGCGAUGCAAGUGUGGAUCGACUACGACGCGGGGACUAAUCGGAUCAACGUGGCCUUGGCUCCGCUCGGCGUGGCCAAACCUGCCAGGCCACUGAUGUCGGCCACCUACAACUUAUCUUCGGUGAUCACGAGCACCGCAUACGUGGGGUUCUCGUCGGCGACGGGCUCAUUCGACUCGCGGCACUACGUGCUUGGCUGCAGUUUCCGCAUGGGCAGCACUACUGCUCCGGCCAUGGACAUCGCCAAGCUGCCAACGUUGCCCCGUGAGAUCCCCAAGGUUCGGUCCAAGGUCCUGCAGAUCGUCCUCCCAAUAACAUCUGCAGCGGUCGUACUCGCUCUGGGCACCGUCGUCGUUCUCCUGUUGCGCAGGCGACGAAGGUACACCGAGCUACGGGAAGAUUGGGAGGUCGAGUUCGGGCCGCACAGGUUUCCGUUCAAGGAUCUACACCACGCCACCCAAGGAUUUAACAGCAAGAACCUACUCGGCGUAGGGGGUUUCGGGCGAGUUUACAGAGGCGUGCUUCCAGAUUGUAAUAUGGAGAUCGCAGUGAAGAGGGUGUCGCAUGACUCCAGACAGGGCGUCAAGGAAUUCAUCGCAGAGGUUGUCAGCCUAGGACGCCUGCAACACUGCAACCUGGUGCGGUUGCUUGGCUAUUGCCGGCGGAAGGGGGAGCUCCUUUUGGUGUACGAGCACAUGCCCAACGGGAGCCUUGACAAGCACCUAUAUGGUCAUCAGGACGACAAGCCGACUCUCAACUGGGCUCAGAGGUUUCAAAUCAUCAAAGGGAUUGCAUCUGGCUUGCUCUACCUCCACGAGGAGUGGGAGAGGGUGGUGGUCCACCGCGACAUCAAGGCAAGCAACGUGCUCCUCGACGACAAGAUGAAUGGCCGGCUGGGUGACUUCGGCCUGGCGAGGCUGUACGACCAUGGCACCGACCCGCAAAGCACGCAUGUGGUUGGCACCAUAGGGUACAUAGCCCCGGAGCUGGGGCGCACGAGCAAGGCAAGCCCCCUCACCGACGUGUUUGCCUUUGGGACCUUCCUUCUCGAGGUCACCUGCGGGCGAAGGCCCAUAUUCCAAGACCCGCGUGGUAACCAGGUUAUGCUGGUGGAUUGGGUGCUCGAGCACUGGCGUAGAGAGUCGCUCGCCGAUGCGGUUGACACCAAGCUCCGAGGUGACUACAACAUUGACGAGGCGUGCCUCGUGCUCCAGCUAGGUCUGUCGUGCUCGCAUCCGUUCGUCAACGCAAGACCCAACAUGAGGCAAGUAAUGCAAUACCUCAGCAAUGAGGUGCCACUGCCGCAGCUCAUGUCCACCAAAAUGAGUUUUCAUACGCUUGCGAUGAUGCAGAACGAGGGUUUCGACUCGUACAUCCAGUCAUCGUAUUCGUUUUCCAAAGCAAGCGUUUCCACGACUUGUGUCCUCUCAUGAGUGAUAGCACAUAUCCUCUGCCUUCCAACAGACAGUUUGGACAAAUUAAGUUUGCAUUACCGGUUGCAUUCACGGCCCUCUCUUAAUUUAGAUAGCCAAGGGAGCAUGCAUCGUCUUGUAUACGUCGUUUGACAUCCACAAAUGCAAGCGAUGAAAAUAAAAGAUUGUAAUGACCUUUUUGGGA